UCAAAUCUUGCAACAAUCAAUGUCUACUUAAUCAUUUCCCUUUUCUUCUUCUUCCUCAUCUAACCGUAAUCUGUUCUUUCCUUCCAUUCAAAUAAACAUGGAAGAAGUUUGGAAAGAUAUCUCUAUAACUUCUCUCCCCAACACCACAAUUCCCGAUCACAUUAUUCAUAAUAAUAUUACUUCUACUUCUACUUCUACUUCUACUUCUACUUCCACUUCUCACUUUAAGGCUAUGGUUUUUCAAGAUUUCUUCAAUACCAAAAACCCAUCAACCAGAUCAUCCAUGGCUUCUCCUCCUUUAUCAUCAUCCCAAAUCAUCAAACCCGCAACUCAAGAAUUUCAGUUUUUUGAGAAUCAAAUGAUCAACAACUUUCAGCUGGGUUUGAAUGGUGAUCAUCAUAAUCAUAUUCCUUCUUUAGAUGCUCUUGCUUCUUCCUCUGGUUUUAAUGGAGUUAUUCAUGAUCAAACUAACAAGAAAAGGUUAUCUGUUUAUGGUGGAUGUGAUGAUGAAGUUUCUGUUGAUCGUAGGCAUAAACGAAUGAUUAAAAAUAGAGAAUCUGCUGCUCGUUCUAGGGCUCGAAAACAGGCAUAUAUAACAGAGCUGGAGCUGGAAGUUGCCAAUUUAACGGCAGAAAAUGCAUUGCUUAGGAAGCAACAACGACAGAUGAUCGAAGACCAGGCUACACCGGUACCCAAAAAGCACGGUCUCUAUCGAACAUUAACUGCUCCAUUUUGAGACCCCAAUUAACAUGAAAAUGACUA